AUGUCUACCCAGUCAUCCUCCAUCGUUCCUCCCACCACGGGAAACUCCUUCACGGCCUUCUCACAGAACAUUUCUCGCAAUACGACAAGCUCGUUCCAGCCCUCCGCGUCUUGGCGCCCCAGCACCACUCUGAAGAUCUCCACCCAUCUCGUUGACGGAAUGCCUCCUGCGCCGCCACCAUCGCCAGUCAGCUUUGCUAUCGACAGCAAUAGUGGCCAAUUCAUAGACCAGUGGGACGAAAUCCAUCGUCUGAGUCUCGAGGGAUAA